UUGCUAAGUCCUGUUAGCUUCUCUAUGGCAACAGAGCACAGUGUACAGCUGGUUCCUGGCUCCCAGAAGAUCCCUAAAGGAGUUGAAUCUCCUAGGAGUGCUGCUGAGGGCCCUGCCUUGACCAGGAGAAGGAGCAAGAAGGAGAGUUGGCGCUCAGGGUCCCAGAAAGCCAGUUCUGGGGACCAGUCCUCUAGCCAGGGCUCUGAGGCCUCAGGAAGCAGCAAGAACUCCCCAAGAACCAAAGUGGGGCAGGAGGGACCAUCCUCAGCACCUGCCGGGCAAGCCUCUCACCGACAGUCCCACCGACACCGUUCUGACCCCCAGCAGGAUGCUGCCCAAAGGACUUAUGGGCCCCUGCUCAACCGCAUGUUUGGAAAGGAUCGUGAACUGGGCCCUGAGGAGUUAGAGGAGCUCCAGGCUGCUUUUGAGGAGUUUGACACUGACCAGGAUGGCUACAUCGGCUACCGGGAGCUAGGAGACUGCAUGCGGACGCUGGGCUACAUGCCCACGGAGAUGGAGCUCCUAGAGGUGUCCCAGCACGUGAAGAUGCGCAUGGGGGGCUUUGUGGAUUUUGAAGAGUUUGUGGAGCUGAUAAGCCCAAAGCUGAGGGAGGAGACAGCUCACAUGCUGGGUGUGCGGGAGCUACGAAUCGCCUUCCGAGAGUUUGACAAGGACAGGGAUGGACGGAUCACAGUGGCGGAGCUGCGGCAGGCAGCACCAGCUCUGCUGGGGGAACCACUAGAGGGCACUGAACUGGAUGAGAUGUUGCGAGACAUGGACCUCAAUGGGGAUGGCACCAUAGACUUUGACGAGUUUGUAAUGAUGCUAUCUACAGGCUGAGGCACCUUCGGGGACAACUUACUGCCCCUGGGGGCCAAGACACCAGCAGGAACCAGACAACCACACCCUUCCCUGUUGUGGGAGAGAUCCCCCUCCCCAGGCUGGUUCACCCCUGACCACACCCGACUCCAGUGUCUGCCUAUGCUGUCUCCUCCUCCCACCCUCAAGCUGUGGAGGGAAAAAAAUUGAAGGUGGUUGCAGUUCUCACUGGAGAACAAGAUUUGAAUCUCUUUAGAUCCUGGAGAGGUAGGGAGUUCCCCACCACUGGCUGCAUUCAAAUAAAUGAGGCAUAGUGCAUUGGUGGGGGUGGGGGUGGGGUUCCUAGGACAUGAUGAGUUGAGAGGGUAGCUAGAUCACUUCCCACUACUUGUGUGUAUAAAGGGUUGUUUUUGAAAAUGAACUUGGGCCUGGUAAUGGCUUAGUAGGUAAAAGAUUUUGCCACCAAGCCUGAAUUGGACCCCUGAAGUUUGUAUGGUGGAAGGAGAGAGCCAACUUCACAAAGUUGUUCUUUGGUAGGCUAAUACCCUGUCCACCCACCCCCACCCUACCCCUGCCAUGAAUAAAUAAAUAAAUGAAAAGUGAACUU